AUGAUAGGAGAGAACAGAAUAAUGUUGAUUGAAAUUUUUAUAUAUAUGCUAAAAAAAUUUCUAAAAAAGUCUUAAAAGUUAAAUAAAGAGUAUUUGAAAAGAGUCAUAUUGUGCAGAAGCAUGCCCAAACAUAGAUAGAGAAAGUGUGUUAAUGAUAAGGAUGACAGCUCAAAAAAAUCAGUUGGAUAUAAUUUAUAUAAAGCCAGAGUUUAUAUACUAGCAGGAAAAGAUUUGAAGUAAUCAUAGUAUAAACUAAAUUAGGGUUGCAAAUUAAAAAUAAUUGACUCAAGAAAAAUAUGUAGAAUAAGUGAUAAAUAUAAAAUAUUACAAAAAAUAGAUAAAGUAAAGAUUAUAUAUCAGGAAAUCUUCUUCGUUUUCUUUUCUAGAAAAGAGAUCGAUUCCAAUAACCUCUAUAAAAAUAGAAAGUGAUCAUACGGAAAGAAAAAAUUAUGCUAUUUGA